AUGAAUCCAGAUGCACCAGAAUUAGAAGAAGUUCGUGAAUCAAGAACUCUUAGCUUUCUAAAGAAAAACACUUUCCAAAGCAGAGAAAACGGCAGUUUUAUAUUUUCCGAUAAAAUAAAUGAAUUUGAAAGGAUUUUGGCGAACAGACGUUUUAAAGCAGAAGACAGAAAUUUCGAUCCGGAUAAGGUUCCUCCCUUAAAGGACUUAUCUCUGAAACAAAUAAUUGAGAACUUUUCCUUCGAUUGCAGUGCCGUCCAUUGCUUGAACAAAGACCAAUUGAAACAAGUACUUGAUACUCUUCCUACGACCAUUCCACUCAAGGUCGCUGCAUCGGCAAUUUCGGAUGGGCCAUUUUGGAAGCGAAUGGCUCUCUCCCGUUGGAAAGUCGUGGAUAUCGCACGCCACGGUAACAGCUGGAAACGCGCCUUCUUUGAAAAGCAUGUGGAACAGACAAUUGAGGAAUUUAUUCCUGGUGACACUGCUCCUAGUUCUGUUGAUGAGACUCUUGACUACGCGGCUAAUUAUAUCCAGAGUAUUAAAAUUAAAGAAAUGCUCCCUCCUACAAAGGAUUCCAAAUUAAAAGAGAAAUUCCCUUUCGUCAAAACAAAGAAAAACGUGACCUCCUAUGACGACGAUUCUCAGUGGGAUUUUGAAAUCAAUGAAGAUGAGUCAUCUUCAAGCGAGGAUGAAGAGGAGUACGCUGAUCCUCAGGCUGAUCAUCUUGAUUUGGGUCCUGUAAUUGAUAAGCUGACAAAUUUGACGCAUCUCUCGGUGCAAUAUCGAGUACGCGAUGCUGGAUUUGAUUUUGAGUGGGAUGAUUUCCUAUUCACUGGGCAAGACUGUAUUUCCUUUUCCAAGGUGGUUGGUGCUCACAAAUUAUUGACAGUUCUUGAACUUAAAAACCGCGUCGAUUGCUCAAAAUGCCGGGUUCUGGCCCGUCAUCUUAUAAACCACCCUUCACUAACGGUUCUAAAUCUUUCUCACAAUGUCAUCUCUGAUUUGGGCGCACGUUCCCUGAGCAAGCUCAUAAGCGGUCGAAGCAGAAUAGAAUGUCUAGAUCUAACCGAUAAUCAACUAGGCAUAAAAGGAGGUGCAGCCAUAGGUCAAGCACUCGGCAAAGAAAAUUGUACGAUUACAAAACUCAAUCUUCGUCUGAAUCGCAUUAAGGAUGCUGGAGCUAUAUCAAUUGCUAAAGCUUUACAACGGAACAAAAGACUAAAAGAGCUUAAUUUGGCGGCAAAUGGAUUUGGCGAUCCAUCUUUUAAUGCCUUCGGUGAAGCACUUUCUUACAACUCGGGUUUGGAGAAGUUUGACUUGUCAAACAAUUCUAUCAGUGUGGAAGCCGGAAAAAGAUUUCAGGAGUAUGUGGCUUGCAACAAGUCCCUUAUUUAUCUCGAUUUGCGGUUAACAGGAAUUUCACAGGAUUUUGAAUUAUUACUUCAAAAGAAUAUCGAAAAGAAUCACAAAUUUCUUCAGAAGCAGGAAGAAAAUGCUGAAACAAAUUACAUAACCAUUUCCGGUCUGACAAACGUCGCAGUGAAUGAACGAAACCUCGACCUAGAAGCAGUCAAACCUAAACCUCACCUAUUUGUUACCAAUACUACCUCUUUAUUAUUAGACGCACCAAUGCACUGA